GCCCCUGAACGAUUAGUUGCUGAUUUGACUAGCGGCGCAUCGAUGGCGGAAGUGACGCGCGUCGCUUCGUUACGUUUACAUUCUGUUCUCGACGUCGCGUUGUGCGGAGCCAUUACCCUCGUCCGCGCUAAAGCAUCGUGCCAUAUUCCCACUCGCGCCCUAAAAUAGACAGCAUUCUCGUAGUUUUAAGUGAAAUAUUAUGAGAGUGAAGACCGAAAUGGACGACGACGAAAAGGGUAAAUUGUUCGUUGGUGGAUUAUCAUGGGAAACAACCCAAGAGAAUCUCCAACGUUACUUCGGCCGUUAUGGCGAAGUUAUCGAUUGCGUCGUUAUGAAAAACAGCGAAUCUGGGCGCAGUCGGGGUUUUGGAUUUGUAACAUUUAGCGACCCCGCUAAUGUUUCCCUGGUUCUUCAAAAUGGUCCUCAUCAACUUGAUGGACGUACAAUUGAUCCAAAACCAUGUAAUCCACGCACUCUUCAGAAGCCAAAACGUAGUGGUGGUUUCCCAAAAGUUUUUCUUGGUGGUUUGCCAAGUAAUGUGACGGAGACAGACCUAAGAUCCUAUUUUACUCGCUUUGGCAAAGUUAUGGAAGUGGUCAUAAUGUACGAUCAGGAAAAAAAGAAAUCCAGGGGAUUCGGCUUUCUCAGCUUCGAGGAUGAAGAAGCAGUGGACAGAUGCGUCGCGGAGCAUUUUGUCAACCUAAAUGGAAAACAGGUUGAAAUUAAACGUGCAGAACCGCGAGACUCGUCCAGCAAGAUGAACGAUAGUCAUCAGGGUCAGUGGGGCCCACCUCAACAGGGUGGUCCACCGAUGGGAAUGGCCGGGAAUAUGGGGCCUAUGGGUGGCCCAAACGGGCAAAUGGGUGGACCUAUGAUGGGAGGACCGAUGGGCCCGCCUGGUAACAUGAUGCAACAAUAUCAAGGUUGGGGCACUAGCCCCCAAACUGGUGGAUACGCCGGAUAUAGUACUCAGUACAAUGCUCAAGGUUGGGGUGCACCACCGGGACCGCCUCAACAGCAACAAAUCCCGCCGCCGCCGCCGCAUCAGUGGGGAAGCAGCUAUAACGUUCAACCUGCUGCAGCUACCCAGGGCUAUGGAAGUUAUGGUGGGCCGGCGGCGGCCGCUUCAGGGGGCUACGGGCCCACGGCGGGUACUGGCGGGGCUGCGGGGGGCGGGCCCGGGGGCUCCUGGAGCUCCUGGAACAUGCCACAGAAUGGGCCCCCUCCUGGGACCCAGCCCCCACCCCAGCCCCCUCAGCCCAACUCCUCGCAGCCCAACUCCAACUCGAACCCCUCUGGCCCGCAGGGUGAUAUGUACUCGCGGCAGAACACUGGCUCAGGUGCACCCGGGUCUAGCAGCAGUUCGGCUAAGACUCCAGAUUACACUGGGUACUCCGCGUAUAGUAAUUACGCGGACACCACUUAUCCUCAGCGUUCGUAUCAAGGAGGAGAAAGCAACCAAGGAAGUUUAUUUCCUAGACGUCCUGUUCAUUUUACUGACUGGAUGACGCGAGGCUUGUGGACUUGAGGUAAAAAAAUUUAAAGGCGCGAGUGACAUUUAACAUAGAGCAAAGAUGUGCCCCGAUCUCGAUAUCUUUUUUCUUUUUUUUCUGUUGUGAUUCGACUCGCUUUAAAGUCUCGGCAUCCGAUAUAAGAAAAUAUUUAGAUUCUUUAUUAUAAUUAAAAUUAUAAUAACGUGAGAAAAAAAUUAACACACAUUGUCGCUUAUUAACGAGAAUGCAGUAAUGCAUUGAUUCACGAAAAAGUUAUUGUAGAGUUAUUUAUUUAUUCAUAAUUAAUUAUUUUUAAAAAGACGUUCAAACGCAUACAGAAAUACGGAGAAAGAAUCAAUCUUUGCAUUUCAAUUUGAAAUCUUAUUUUAGACUUGCCAAGCCGAGAGAAAUAAUCAGAAAUAAUUUUUCAAACAAAGUGUUAAAAAAUCAUAAUUAUUUGAAUGCACAACAUAAAAUUAUAUUCGAAUUUGCAUUUAUUAAUCUUUCAUUACCACCUUGAGACUUUUUGAAAUAAGAGUCACGACAAAAAUAAAGCGAACAUGGGCAGUCUUGUAAAAAGAUAGAUAAGGUUAAAACGCCAAACGUAUUUAAUAAAAUUGCGAUAGGAAGUAAGGGGUAAGUGUAGUGGUUAGAUACGGAGUUAUAUAUUUAUACGCAUAUACGACUGUAUCUUAUGUUAAAAUGGGGAAUGUAAGUUCCUCCGUAUAUAUGUCACGGUUGCAUCUAAGAUGCGCAUUGAUUUAUACUUUGAAAUGCACCUGCGUUCUGGCACCUGGUACUUCCGCGAUAAUUUUUCAAAUUUCUUUUAAAGAAUUCCGAAAAGAGACAAUUACAACAACGAAAGAAGUGCGGGUCAACGCGUACGAUCGUGUAAUAUUUGUAAUGAUAAUAUUAAUAUUAUUGAUUAAGAGUAUGGUUAAGGAAUUAUAUAGAGUUACCCGGCGUGGUACGAUUGCUGUUGAUGGCACCAUCCCCAUUUUUACUAUCUUCUCUCGCCGCUGAUGCGCUGUAUUAUUGUUCAAAAUAUUUUGUUAUAUACUGCGAACCAAGAAGCCAGCGACAAAUGCAUUCUUUUAUAGCAUAGAGAUAAUUAAUAUUCUAUACGGAUUAAUAAACGUUCACAUUUUUAAUAGAAA